AUGAUGUUUGUAGCUUUAGAUAAGGCUGGUGAAGAAGUCGAAUGGCUAAGAAUUUUUUUGAAGGAUAUACCUAUUUGGCCUAAGCCUGUAAUGGCUGUUUGUAUACAUUGUGAUUGUAUGGCUGCUCAAGCAAGGGCUAAAACUAAUGUAUACAAUGGAAAGUCUAGACAUAUUAGAUGA